AUGGGUCAAUUUGUCUGGUUUAUUUUUCUCGGGACCUUUGUUGUGUGGAUCGCUGUGUUCCUGGUACUCUUCAAGGGCGUGGCUGUAGUGGGCAAAGCAGUGUACUUCACCGUGCUUCUACCGGUUGUCACUCUCUUGGUGCUGAUUAUAUACGGAGCGACACUGGAAGGCGCGGGCGACGGUGUGGUGAAGUACAUUGGCACAUGGGACAUGAGUGCACUCGAGGACGGGCAGAUUUGGGUGGAUGCCUUCGGACAGAUAUUCUUCAGUCUUGGAGUUAGUACCGGUAUUAUGUCCGCUUUUGCGAGUCACAAUGGCAGGCAGCAAAAUAUCGUACAGGAUGGGAUACUUGUGGCACUGUUAAAUUCAUGUUAUUCAUUUGCCGCGGGUUUUACUGUGUUCCUGGUGGCUGAUCACUUCAGGCAUGAAACAGGCAUGUCGUCGGAAGAGCUACAAGACGUUUUGGGAGGUCCUUCACUGAUAUUCAUCCUUUAUCCUAGUGCACUGUCCCUCACAUCUGGGUGGUGGGGCAAUGUCAUGUGUAUUCUGUUCUUCUUCACAGUCUUCAUGCUAGGUAUAGAUAGCGCCUUUGCUUUGACCGAGUCAAUAGUCGUCAACUUGCGCGAAGUACGUUUCUUUGACUGCUUUGGAUUUGUCCCCGUUCUUGCUAUGGUAUGCACGUUGUGCGUUCUGUUGAGUAUAUUAUAUUGCUUCGGGUGGGGUCUCUAUCUAUUGGAAGUAGUAGAUGCGUAUACAAACAUAGGUCUGCUCACUGUUGGAUUCGGUGAAGCCUUCGUCGUGGAUUGGGUGUACAAGCGGAACCUCGCGGCUGAGAUAGUCGGGACCAAAUCGAUGCUAGCGCUGGAACUUGGUUGUCUACUUGCAUUUGUCACAUUCACUACCAUCGCGAUUGUUGUAGGAGAUAGCACAGACCUUGCGUUGGGACAUAUUACGUUGGCUUGCUCCCUGCCAGCGCUAGCAAUCAUAGCGACUGCCUUUAUCCUCUGCGGGGCUUUGUCACAAAUUGGAUUUAUGGAUGGUAUCACAACAGCAUCAUACCAUGGACUGGAAGGGCUCAUAUAGGAUUUGAAUGGCGUGAUUACCAAAAGUGCGGGUAGAGACAAUUGGAUUCUUCCAGCCAUUUGGGGGCUGGCAUUGAAGUUUCUUUGUCACCCCUUUACUAGCCUUUCUGUCAGCGCUGAAAUUUAAUGAAUACGGAUUAGAGAAUGGUUAUAGGAACUACAUAGUGGGGUAUCAAGCAUUCGGCUUUGUCGCCCUAUCGCUAUGUGCCACCUUCACAUUUGUUGGACUAAUAUUUCCCAAGAUAGUCAAGGUGGAGAAGAGAUCAACCGAUGUGCCACUCACGCACAACUGACGAUAAACUAUGGCGACUGGAAGGCUGUGAGCUCAGAGAGACAAGUUGUGCACUCAGGAUGCGCCAGGCUUAAGAGCAAUAAUAUUGCAUGAAUUAAAAACAAAUUCUUUUUAUGAGAUUUUGAAUUGGUCACGGCAUGUAUGUACUAGCCAGAAUCACAUUACUAUGUACAUUUGUAACCUUUGUAGAUGCGCACACAUAACAAUAAAGUA